CUGGGGUUGUGCCAUCGACCGUAAUAACGCUGAUAGAAGCUCCUCCCUCUGGUUCUCUUAAUCCCUUCUAUCCGCUCAAACCGCGGCGGACAUUUACUGUACCAGCUUGAUCAACCCGACGGGACUUGGUGUUCGGGUCCUCGCACUCAGACAUCUCAGAACCAUGACUUCGGCUGAGGACACCGACUGCUCCCUGACACCAGUGGAUUUUAUCCAGCUGCAGCACUACAUGGAUGAGAGCAGUUUGAGAGUGAAGGAUGUGAUCAAGGAGUUUCACAGCGGCGGGCGACUGGCCCAGCACAGCGUCGGAGAGUGUGUGGAUGAGGCCGGCUUCUGCCUCUUUCUGAAGACCUACCUUGAAGUGGAGGACUUUCCUGCUGAUUUCUGCCGGCGGCUUUUUCGUUACUUCCAGCACGUGGAUCAGGAUGGCUCCAUGAGGUGUAGCUCGUCUAAAGGAGGUGGCGUCUAUCUCCGUGAUGUGUCCUGCUACUUCUCUGUGCUGGAAGACCGACAGCCACGCGAGAAGCUGGAGGUCACUUUCAAACUUUAUGACAAGGAUGGAAAUGGGCUCCUGGACAGUUCGGAAGUGGACCGAAUUAUUACCCAAAUGAUGCGAGCGGCUGACUAUCUGGGCUGGGACGUGACUGAACUCAGGCCUGUUCUGAAGGAGAUGAUGACAGCAAUUGACAUAGAUUGCAGUGGCACCGUCACGCUAGAGGAGUGGUUGAAAGGAGGCAUGAACAAUGUUCCACUGCUUGUUUUGCUGGGACUGAAGAUGAAAGAGCGGGAUGGGCAGCAUAUUUGGAGGAUGAAGCACUUCAACAAGCCGACCUACUGCAGUGUGUGUGAGAACAUGCUGCUGGGACUUGGCAAGCAGGGACUCUGCUGUAACUGUUGCAAGUACACUGUCCACAGUCAGUGUGCCAACAAGAACCCGGAUCCCUGUGCUCGAACCUUUGUGAAGUCUAAAGAUGAAAUCCAUGUGGCUGCACAUGACUGGAUCAGAGCGGAGAGCAGCUCCUCCAAGUGCCAGGUCUGCCACAAGAAAAUCAAAACUUUGGCUGGAAAGCGUUGUGUUUGGUGCAAGGAGAUGCGCCACGACGAGUGUCUCUUGGCUGGUUUAUCGACGUGUGACUGUGGCCCCCUGAGGGACCACAUCCUGCCUCCCUGGGGCAUUUACUCAGUCUCAAAGGAGGAGGACACGACUCUGCUGAAUGUGACUUCUGACGGCCAUGUUCUGAGGAUUGCUCCUGUUGCCAACACACACCCCCUGCUGGUUUUUGUCAACCCAAAAAGUGGAGGAAAGCAGGGUGAGAGAGUGCUCCGGAAGUUUCAGUACAUGCUGAACCCUCGUCAAGUCUACAACCUGUCCAACGGGGGUCCAGCUCCGGGACUGCAUUUCUUCCGUAGCCUGCAUGAGUUCAGGAUCUUGGUGUGUGGAGGCGAUGGCACUGUCGGCUGGCUUCUGGAUGCCAUGGACAAAGCUGGCCUUCAGGGCCACCCUCCAGUCGCUGUUCUGCCACUGGGGACUGGAAACGACAUGGCUCGCUGUCUACGCUGGGGAGGAGGAUACGAGGGGUCUGACCUGAAGGAGAUUCUGAGGCACAUCGAGACCAGCGAGGUCAUUCACCUGGACCGGUGGAAAAUUCAGGUGAUACCGAACGAUCCGCGGGAGUCUGGAGACCCCGUUCCCUACGAGAUCAUCAACAACUAUUUCUCCAUCGGAGUGGACGCGUCCAUUGCUCACCGUUUUCACUCCAUGAGAGAGAGGCACCCCCAGAGGUUCAACAGCAGGAUGAAAAACAAACUGUGGUAUUUAGAGUUUGCCACCUCUGAGACCAUCUCUGCCUCCUGCAAAAAGCUGAAGGACUGUCUCUCUGUUGAGUGCUGCGGGAAAGCCUUGGACCUGAGCAGAGUGUCCCUGGCUGGGAUAGCUAUCCUCAACAUACCCAGCAUGCACGGCGGCUCCAACCUCUGGGGCGAAACCAAAAAGUGUGAUGUGGUGCCGGACGCCGGACACAGUGAGGUCAUCACUGACCCCGAACUUCUGAAAACAAUCCCACAAGUGAUGAGCGAUAGGCGUCUGGAGGUGGUGGGGCUGGAAGGUGUGUUAGAAAUGGGUCAGAUCUACACCGGACUGAAGAACGCCGGACACCGACUGGCUCAGGCCUCGCAAAUCACAAUCAGGACAGUCAAAGCUCUGCCGAUGCAAAUAGACGGGGAACCAUGGAUGCAGCCUCCUUGUACCAUCCACAUAACUCACAUGAAUCAGGCCAAAAUGUUGAUGGGCCCGCCAGCCAAAGCAUCAGGCUUCUUCCACCUCAAGUGAGACAAUCAACGCAGAGGGGGUCUUGGUAUUUGUACCAGCCACUGUGCUGAUCUGGUACUUUUAAAGCACUUUAUCUGUAUUAGCAAUCGGUUUAGAACUGUGCGGUCGACAAUGUUGCCGUGUGUUUGUGGUGCCAGUCUAACUCAUGUUCAUUAAUUCAAGAGCAGAGCCGAGCCCCAGAGUUUGUGUUCAAGAAUGACUUGUUUUUUAAAGUGAUGGGUUGAUGAGGUUUCAUGAAACACUGUCCUGAUUUUCAGUCGCCACCAGAUGGCGCUGCAAAACGUUUGGACUUGAUCAACUAAUUUAAUGAAACCUCACAUCAUUUCUAAAGCAAGAGCGACAUCUAGUGGCCUCAGACAAUCAGGACACUGUUUCAUCAACCAUGUAACACUGUGUUACCUCAUGAUACCUCAUCCACCCAGCACUAGUGUGCUGUAUCAACCCUUGUGUGGUCAGUUUGUGUCGUCUGUAUCACCUUGGUGGCAACAUGAUUCUUUCAUCUGUUUUACACUCCAUUGUUGUAAGGUACCGUGAUUAUUGGUUUUUGUUUGAACUGUAUGAUUUGGUGUCAAAUAAAUCGCUCAAAACGUGA